AUGGACAGCAACUCUGAAGAAGAAGAAAUUUUAGUUUUUGUUGAAUUUGAAGACCCUAUCAAUUUAGAUAAUUAUAACAAUAUUCAUGUUUUAGGAAUUGAUACCAAUAAACCAAUAUUUCAGUUAGAUGAUACUUUUUUUACAGGUACAUUUGAAAAUCCGUUAGGAACAUAUAUGUUUUUUGAAGAAGAUCCUUCUCCAAAGUGCUCUGAUCCAUUAUUUGAUAAAUUGCCAGAAAAGAAUUUGAGAUUUCUCUAUAAAACUAGGAAACUAAUCAAUGUAGAACAUGCAUAUAUAACACCUAAAGAGGGAAACCAAGAGCAAGAGCAUCAAGAGGUACAAGAACCUCAAAAUCAGGAUUUAAAACCAGCUAACUUUAAAAAUAUUCAGGAUGCAUUAGAAAGAUUUAAAAAGGAAUGGCAUUCUAAAACAGAUAGUAAUCAGAAUAUCGGA